GGUAUGAAGAGAAAGUCGGACGAAGGCGUGUCGUCAACAACAGACGGCCACGUCGAUAACGUGCAAAACCCGCAGUCGCAGAGGACUGCGACCAGACCUGGCACGCCUCCAAACGCAGAUGGACCUUCCAAGAAGCAGAAGACAGGCAUAUCGAUGAACCAGAAGCAGGUUCUCAUCGAUAACCUCCAGCUCGAAAUCACGGAGCGCGCACGCAAGCUGCGAGCGCAGUACAGUCUGCAGGCACAGGGUCUGAGGACACGCAUAGAAAUACGCGUGAAUCGGAUUCCCAUGGCUCUGCGGAAAGCCAAGAUGGGAGAGCUUGCGGACAGGUACAAGAACGGCCAGCCUCCCCAGCAGUUCAAGCCUGCACCUUCAACGGCGCUCUCAGCGUCACGCCCUACACUCCCACCACCAGUGCCCGAGAAGGAUAGACCUCCUCUGGUGCAACCCGAUUCUACGCGCUCAGCGGCAUCUCACAUGACAGCGCCAUCACAUGCCAGGCCGGGUAGUCCGGCUAAGAAGACCAGUGAUGAGAUCUGGGGCACCGGGAAGAACAAUGGUGGCGAGGCGACAAAUUUGGAACCCCCCAAGACGAAGAAUCGCGCUGAGGUAGUUGCCGACAAGGCCUCCAAGGUCCUCUCCCCAGCAUCACCCAAUGUCAGGCCCCUCCCACGACCCGCGCCCGGCGACAAACCCGCCCCUAUCCGGCCCACACCUCUCUCUGAGAUCGCGCCCUGUCCGGCAAAAUCGCCUGUGAAACAGAGCAGCGCCUCCAAUCUCUUCAGCACUUUGGCCGAGAAGGCUCGA